AUGAAGUCGCAACAACGGAGGCCUAGUGAACUGUGUCGAUUCUUAUUAAAAAAAUAUUUAAAAGCAUCGCUGUCAUUGCUUGUCGUGACUCACGCUUAUAUUUUAUUCUGCCAUCUACAGGGACCCACUGUAGUGUUGCAAAACGUAGGGAUAUCCGAAAAAUCUUUUCGUCACAUAUCUUCAAUUAAAACUAUGGUUUUAUCGCGUUUUGAUCAACAAAAAACCAAACACCAGCUCUUUCAUGUGUCACUUAGUCUGGCUACCAUCCUAAUAUGCAUGGCCUAUAUGCAAUAUCGUCGCAACUGGGAGCACCUUGGCAGCUUUUGGGACUCGCUAAUUGUGCCGAUAGUUUUCAUUGGGGAGUUGCUGAAGGUGUUGUUGGCCCACUUCUAUGGACGCAUCGAGGAUGGUGUUCUAACGGCCAAACAGAGACAAAAGAAAGCGGCAUACUUUACGCCUCGUGAGAUUUUGGGUGGACUGACGUUGCAGUUUCUGUGUACAUUGCUCUAUGCGUUCAUUUGCAUCAUCCUUGGAGCACCAGUCUUGGGGAACUAUGAACAGACAUUUGUUCUAUCGUUACUGAUGACGCUGCUGACGGUUUCUCCGACUGUAUUUUUGCUUGGAGGAGGUGGCGCCCUCCAGGUUUGUUUUUGUGAAAAGCCGGAGUUUGUCACCAAGUGCGAGGAUACAGCGCUAAAUCUAUUUAAGUACAAUGCAUUGGGCGGCAUAUUGGGUGCAUGGGCUGGCAGUGUCGUGGCUCCCUUGGACUGGGGCCGAGAUUGGCAGGUCUAUCCCAUACCGAAUGUGAUUGGUGCUUUACUAGGCAGUGCUUUGGGCAAUAUAUAUGCGUGUACACAUGUUCUCUAUGCCACCGUUCGAAUGUACAUGAGCAAAAAGCGGGGCUAAGCGUCGGCAAAACAACAAGGAGCAGGUGGAGAAAUUAAGAAGCAAAUGCUAUUUAUCCUGCCACCGAAGAUGCAUUGCCACAUCCACCACACUCACACACCACAUUCAAAAAUCAUCAUGCACAUUUGUCUAGUCACAAGAUCUACCAAAAAAACAAAUACUAAAUAUAAAAGCAAUUAAUGUUACAAA